UGGUACUGACCUGGAAACGAUCUGACCAACGCUGGACGAAGAAAAUCGGAGAGACGUGGCAGCUAAAAUUGCUCGCUAUGUCGACCAGCUGCGCCAAAUUCGGAUUCCGGGACGUAGCAUUCCUGGCCCUUACGAUGGAACCAAUGAAGCCUGGCUGUGUCAAGGCAUGCCGUUCGAAGACGAGAGUCCCGCGGGCGUUCAACAACGCUCAGGAGCUAGGGCAAUGGUACCAGAAGAAGCGCCUUAUUGUUGAUGUUAUUGGAAUGGCGUGGCAUCGAGACCGACCAACCAUCCCAGUGCCACCCUUGGACCACUCUACGCCUCUUUUCUUUACUCACGGAGACAUCAACUUGCGCAAUGUCAGAGUCGACGCAGUGGACCAGAUCUGGCUGGUCGACUGGGGCAGGGCAGGGUUUUAUCCUGAUUGGUUCCAAUACGCUUGUAUGAGAGUGUUUGCGGACCACCUACCAAAGUCCUGGGCAGACUUGAUCCCAGCGAUGGUCGAAGAACACAUCGCCAAUUCCUUCGCCAGAUCCAGUGGGCCCUCGAUAACCCGUAUUUUAUUCUGCCGGAGGAGGACGAGAUAGUACGUCUUCGCGAUAAGGUAGCGGAAGAGGCAAAGCACC